CCUGCCCAGGCAGGCCUGCUGGGAUUGGCUGGUCCAGCCCAGCCCAGCUCAGCCUCCCACAGAUUCCUCCAGGUCAUCAACCAGGGACAAAGAAAUCCCAGAGGAGAGGAGAAGAGCCUGUUGGGGACAAGCUGCUCCUGACAGAAGCAUGCCACAGCUGAGCCUGUCCUGGCUGGGACUGGGGCCCACGGAAGCCUCUCCCUGGGUCCUCCUGCUGCUGGUGGGGGCCUCCUGGCUCCUGGCCCGCAGCCUGACCUGGAUCUAUGCUUUUUACGAAAAAUCUCGUCGCCUCCAAUGUUUCCCGCAGCCCCCCAAACGGAAUUGGCUCUUGGGUCACGUGGGCAUGAUCCGGGGCUCAGAAGAAGGUCUGCUGUACACGCAGGGUCUGGCGAGCACCUUUGGGGAUGUGUGCUGCUGGUGGGUGGGGCCCUGGAACCCAGUGGUCCGAAUCUUCCACCCCACCUGCAUCAAGCCGGUGCUCUUUGCUCCAGCUGCGGUUGCACUGAAGGAUGUGAUCUUCUACAGCUUCCUGAAGCCCUGGCUGGGGGAUGGGCUCUUGCUGAGUUCUGGUGACAAAUGGAACCACCAUCGUCGCCUGCUGACACCUGCCUUCCAUUUCAACAUCCUGAAGCCCUAUAUGAAGAUUUUCAAUGACAGUACGAAUGUCAUGCAUGCCAAGUGGCAGCGACUGGUCUCAGAGGGCAGCGCCUGUCUGGACAUGUUUGAGCACAUCAGCCUCAUGACCUUGGACAGUCUGCAGAAAUGCGUCUUCAGUUUCGACAGCAAUUGUCAGGAGAAGCCCAGUGAAUAUAUUGCUGCCAUCUUGGAGCUCAGUGCCCUUGUGGUCAAAAGAAAUGAGCAACUCCUCAUGCACAUGGACUUCCUGUACCUUCUCAGCCCCAGUGGGCAGCGCUUCCGUAAGGCCUGCCGCCUGGUGCAUGACUUCACAGAUGCUGUCAUCCAGGAGCGGCGCCGCACCCUCCCUGAUCACGGUAUUAGUGACUUCCUCAAGGCCAAGGCUGAGUCCAAAACUUUGGACUUCAUCGAUGUGCUCCUGCUGACCAAGGAUGAAGAUGGAAAAGAGUUGUCGGAUGAGGAUAUAAGAGCAGAAGCUGACACCUUCAUGUUUGAGGGCCAUGACACCACGGCCAGUGGUCUCUCCUGGGCCCUGUACAACCUGGCAAAGCACCCGGAAUACCAGGAGCGCUGCCGGAAGGAGGUGCAAGACCUGCUGAGGGACCGUGAUCCUAAAGAGAUUGAGUGGGACGACCUGGCCCAGUUGCCCUUCCUGACCAUGUGCAUCAAGGAGAGUCUGCGGUUGCACCCCCCAGUUACAGUUAUCUCCCGCUGCUGCACCCAGGACGUUGUGCUCCCCGACGGCCGGGUCAUCCCCAAAGGAGUCACCUGCCUCAUCAGUAUUUUCGGGACUCAUCACAACCCAGCUGUGUGGCCGAACCCUGAGGUGUAUGACCCCUUCCGCUUUGACCCAGAAAACGCCAAGGACAGGUCACCUCUAGCUUUUAUUCCUUUCUCCGCGGGACCUAGGAACUGCAUCGGGCAGACUUUCGCCAUGAGCGAGAUGAAGGUGGUGCUGGCGCUGACGCUGCUGCGCUUCCGCGUCCUGCCCGACGACACCGAGCCGCGCAGGAAGCCCGAGCUAAUCCUGCGCGCCGAGGGCGGGCUCUGGCUGCGCGUGGAGCCGCUGAGCUCCAGCGCGUCGUGACCCACCGAGGCCGGUCCGGGGACCCCUCCAUGCAGAUCCCCCAAGCUACCUGGGCAGAUACCAGCAAUAAAACGGUUUCACCUGC